AUGUCUUCACAACCACACUCGCAAGAUCAGUUCCCCAAGAACCAGCCGCCUCUGACCGAGAGGUUGGCGUCGGCUCGCCAGCUCGUUUCCAAGGCCAUCUCCGCAGUCCCUCCCAACCCACAACCGCUUCCUAGUCCCAGCUCAGAUCAGGGCGAGCCAACUAAUUUGCUUCAAGAUGUAAAGAAGCUUGGCUUCGAGGAUUUUGACACACUGGUCGACUUUUUCCAGUCGGCGGUGGAGGGCCAGAUCAACGACAAUGAGCUGCUCUUGGAACAUCUCAUCCAGCUCUUUGCCAAACUUCCCCUUACCAGCGCAAAGGGUAAAAAGCUAGAGAAUGGUUUGAUCCACCAGCUUUGGAACGGAAUCGAACAUCCUCCCAUGACCACCCUCGCUGAGGAGCACAAGUACCGCGCGGCCGAUGGCUCAGGUAACAACAUUCACAGCCCAAAGAUGGGUGCAGCCAACCAACCCUACGCACGGUCGACACCAGCAAAGAGCUAUCAAAACCCUAACCAGCCGGAUCCUGAGAUGGUUUUUGAUAUGCUGUUUGCCCGUGGCGACGAGUUCAAGCCUCACCCGAAUAAGAUCUCAAGUGUCAUGUUCUACCUGGCUACUAUUAUCACGCAUGAUAUUUUCCAGACAGAUGGUUUCAGCGGCGUAAAUCGGACAUCUUCUUACUUGGACCUUGCACCCCUUUACGGUCGCAACCAAGAUGAGCAAAACGCAAUGCGAACAAUGAAGAACGGUCUGCUUAAGCCCGAUACCUUCUCUUCCAAGAGAGUACUAGGCUUCCCUCCCGGCGUUGGUGUUUUGUUGAUUAUGUUCAAUCGCCACCACAACUACACGGCUACGCAACUAGCAACUAUCAACGAGAACAACCGGUUCCCAAGGCCCUCAUCCAAUGAGCCGCAGGACUCCGCCGCUUGGAUCAAGUAUGACAACGACUUGUUCCAAACCGCUCGCUUGAUUACCUGCGGUCUUUAUGUUAGUAUCGUUCUUCGCGAUUAUGUCCGAACCAUCCUGGGCAUGAACCGGUCCUCGUCCAGUUGGGCACUGGACCCCCGCACCAACGAAGGCAAGAGCAUUCUCAGCCAGCAGACUCCCGAGGGCACCGGAAAUCAGGUCUCCGUAGAGUUCAACCUCAUUUACAGGUGGCACAACACCAUCUCUCCUAGAGAUGAAAAGUGGACCAAGGACGUCAUGACCAAGGUGCUUGGAAAAGACCCCUCGGAGAUGACUGUAAAAGAAUUCGGACAUGCUGUGAGGGAUUGGGAGAAGAGAAUACCCGAAGAUCCGGCCCAGAGAGGUUUUAUGGACCUGCCUCGAAACGCUGAUGGCACCCUCCGUGAGGGAGACCUUGCCAAGAUCUUCAAGGAGUCCGUCGAGGAUGUUGCUGGAUCUUAUGGAGCUAACAGGAUCCCAGAGGUUAUGCGACCCAUCGAGUUGAUGGGUAUCAUGAGCUCCCGAAACUGGAACUGUGCGACUCUUAACGAGUUCCGAGAGCACUUUGGACUCACUAGGCACCCGACAUUUGAGGACAUUAACCCUGAUAAGGAGGUGGCCGACAAGCUCAGAUUCCUCUAUGGCUCGCCCGAUGCAGUCGAGCUGUACCCGGGUCUGAUUGCCGAGAAGGCUAAGCCGCCAAUGGCCCCGGGCAGUGGUCUCUGCGGUAACUUUACCAUGACCAGAGCUAUUCUUUCCGAUGCAGUUGCCCUGGUCCGUGGCGAUCGUUUCUAUACGAUUGACUACACCCCGAAGAACCUUACUAACUGGGGAUUCAAUCAAGCCAACUACGAUCAUAACGUAGAUCAGAGCCACGUCAUGUACAAGCUCGUUUACCGCGCUUUCCCCAACUCUUUCCAGCACAACAGCAUUUACGCACAUUUCCCUUUUACGGUACCUUCGGAGAACAAGAAGAUCCUUGACAAGCUUGACCGGUCUUACCUGUAUACCUGGGAUGAGCCGAAGACCAAGACACCGUUGAUUACCAUCUUAUCUCACAAGGCGAUCAGCGACAUCCUGUACAGCCCUCAAGAUUUCAAGGUUAUUACAGGAGACGCUAUUCGCCACCUGGUUGCCCAGCCUGGAAAGGAUUAUGGAUGGGAUUUCUGCCUUUCUGGCGAUGGUAAGGCAAACGCUAUGAACCGCACGUUGGUUCGAAAGGCCCUCAUCUCUGGUCCUUGGGAGAAGGAGAUUUGGAAGUGGUACACUCAUGUGACACCCAAGGUGCUUCAACUGAACAGUUUCCCGAUCCCCAAAAACAAGCGGGAAGUCGACAUUGUCCGCGACGUCAUCAACGUCACAAACACGCGGUUCAACGCCGCCUUGUUCUGCAUGCCUAUCAAGAACGAGGAAUCGCCGUGGGGCAUCUAUACUGAUCAGGAGUUGUACAGCGUGCUGGGCGCCCUCUUCCAGUCCGUUUUCAUGGACGCCGAUAUCGCCAACAGCCUCAAGCUGCGCACAAUUGCGCGCGACUUAGCCCAGGACAUGGGCAAAGUCGUGAUGCUUAUUGCGCAGACGGUCAAGAAGGCGGGCUUGCUCACCGACAUUGUCGCCAAGAUUAGGGAAGGCGAGGCCUCGCUCCCUACCUUUGGCAACCAUCUCAUCGAGCGCAUGCUCGCUGAUGGCAAGGACAUCGAAGAGGUUGUUUGGGGCACCAUCAUGCCUGUCAUUACCGCCAACGUCGCGAACCAGUCUCAAGUAACGACGCUCUGCGUUGACUACUACCUCGACGACGAGGGCCAGAAGCACCUGCCUGAGCUGUAUCGCCUCUGCCAUGAGAACACGGAGGAGGCAGAUGAGAAGUUGUUGAAAUACAUGCUCGAAGGCUGCCGUCUACGCGCACCUGUCGCUGUCUACAGAGAGGCCACCUCCGACCAGGUCAUCACUGAUUACUCCCCUUGUCUGCCUAAAGAGUCCGACCCGCUAGGCCGCGACCCCAUCACCAACCCAGACAUCGAGAGCAGCAGGCGGGAGGUCAAAAUCCCCAAGGGCUACCGCAUCGUGUGCAACUUUGCGACCGCCGGCCGCGACCCCGCCAUUUUCGAGGACCCUAACGAGGUGCGCCUUGACCGCCCUCUGGACUCCUACGUCCACUUCGGCUUGGGCCCCCACUGGUGCGCGGGUAAGGAGAUGAGCCGCGUCGGCCAGACGAGCUUGUUCAAGCAGAUCUUUGGUCUGAAGAACUUGCGCCGCGCGCCAGGAGAGCGUGGCAAGCUCAAGAACUUCCCUGCCGCCCCUUGGUCCGGACAAGUCGGCCUUCCUGUGGAGGGCCAGAACGGACACGCCGCACACAAGCAGCCUUGGGUUGGUUUGAGAGCGUUCAUGACGGCCGACCAGAGCUCGUUGUGGCCUCUUCCCACGACGCUGCGUGUGCAGUGGGACGAGUAA